AUGGACGUGGACAUGGACGUGGACGUGGACGUGGACAUGGACGUGGACGUGGACGUGGACGUGGACAUGGACGUGGACUUGGAUGUGGACGUGGACAUGGACGUGGACAUGGACGUAGACGUGGACGUGGACGUGGACAUGGACGUGGACGUGGACGUGGACAUGGACGUGGAUGUGGACGUGGACGUGGACAUGGACGUGGAAGUGGACGUGGACAUGGACGUGGACAUGGACGUGGACGUGGACGUGGACAUGGACGUGGACGUGGACAUGGACAUGGACGUGGACGUGGACGUGGACGUGGACGUGGACGUGGACAUGGACGUGGACAUGGACGUGGACAUGGACGUGGACUUGGACGUGGACGUGGACGUGGACGUGGACGUGGACAUGGACGUGGACGUGGACAUGGACGUGGACGUGGACAUGGACGUGGACGUGGACGUGGACGUGGACGUUGACGUGCACGUGCACGUGGACGUGGACGUAGACGUGGACGUGGACGUGGACGUGGACAUGGACGUGGACAUGGACGUGGACGUGGACGUGGACAUGGACGUGGACGUGGACGUGGACGUGGACGUGGACGUGGACGUGGACAUGGACGUAGACGUGGACGUGGACGUGGACGUGGACGUGGACGUGGACGUGGACGUGGACAUGGACGUGGACGUGGACGUGGAGGUGGACGUGGAGGUGGACUUUGACGUGGACAUGGACGUGGACGUGGACGUGGACGUGGACGUGGACGUGGACGUGGACAUGGACGUAGAUGUGGACGUGGACGUAGAAAUGGACGUGGACGUGGACGUGGACGUGGACGUGGACAUGGACGUGGACCUGGACGUGGACGUGGACGUGGACGUAGUUAUGGACGUGGACGUGGACGUAGUUAUGGACGUGGAGGUGGACGUGGACGUGGACGUGGACGUGGACAUGGACGUGGACGUGGACAUGGACGUGGACGUGGACGUGGACGUGGACGUGGACGUGGACGUAGAAAUGGACGUGGACGUGGACGUGGACAUGGACGUGGACGUAGACGUGGACGUGGACAUGGACGUGGACUUGGACGUGGACGUGGACAUGGACGUGGACAUGGACGUAGACGUGGACGUGGACGUGGACAUGGACGUGGACGUGGACGUGGACAUGGACGUGGACGUGGACAUGGACGUGGACGUGGACGUGGACAUGGACGUGGACAUGGACGUGGACAUGGACGUGGACGUGGACAUGGACGUGGACGUGGACAUGGACGUGGACGUGGACGUGGACGUGGACGUGGACGUGGACAUGGACGUGGACACGGACGUGGACUUGGACGUGGACGUGGACUUGGACGUGGACGAGACGUGGACACGUGGACGUGGACGUGGACUUAGACACGUGGACGUGGACAUGGACAUGGACGUCGACGUGGACGUGGACGUGGACAUGGACGUGGACGUGGACGUGGACAUGGACGUGGACGUGGACGUGGACAUGGACGUGGACAUGGACGUGGACAUGGACGUGGACGUGGACAUGGACGUGGACGUGGACAUGGACGUGGACGUGGACGUGGACGUGGACGUGGACAUGGACGUGGACGUGGACGUGGACUUGGACGUGGACGUGGACAUGGACGUGGACGUGGACAUGGACGAGGACGUGGACGUGGACAUGGACGUGGACGUGGAUGUGGACGUGGACAUGGACGUGGACGUGGACGUGGACAUGGACGUGGACGUGGACAUGGACGUGGACAUGGACGUGGACGUGGACGUGGACGUGGACGUGGACGUGGACGUAGACGUGGACGUGGACGUGGACGUGGACGUGGACGUGGACGUGGACGUGGACGUGGACGUGGACGUGGACGUGGACGUGGACAUGGACGUGGACGUGGACGUAGACGUGGACGUGGACGUGGACGUGGACGUGGACGUGGACAUGGACGUCGACGUGGACGUCGACGUGAACAUGGACGUGGACAUGGACGUGGACUUGGACGUGGACGUGGACGUGGACGUAGAAAUGGACGUGGACGUGGACGUGGACAUGGACGUGGACGUGGACGUGGACGUAGAAAUGGACGUGGACGUGGACGUGGACGUGGACGUGGACGUGGACAUGGACGUGGACGUGGACGUGGACUUGGACGUGGACGUGGACAUGGACGUGGACGUGGACAUGGACGUGGACGUGGACGUGGACGUGGACAUGGACGUGGACGUGGACGUGGACGUGGACAUGGACGUGGACGUGGACGUGGACAUGGACGUGGACGUGGACGUGGACGUGGACGUGGACGUGGACGUGGACGUGGACGUGGACGUGAACGUGGACGUGGACGUGGACGUGGACGUGGACGUGGACAUGGACGUGGACGUGGACGUAGACGUGGACGUGGACGUGGACGUGGACGUGGACGUGGACGUGGACGUGGACAUGGACGUCGACGUGGACGUCGACGUGAACAUGGACGUGGACAUGGACGUGGACUUGGACGUGGACGUGGACGUGGACGUAGAAAUGGACGUGGACGUGGACGUGGACAUGGACGUGGACGUGGACGUGGACGUAGAAAUGGACGUGGACGUGGACGUGGACGUGGAUAUGGACGUGGACAUGGACGUGGACGUGGACGUGGACGUGGACAUGGACGUGGACGUGGACGUAGUUAUGGACGUGGACGUGGACGUGGACGUGGACAUGGACGUGGACAUGGACGUGGACAUGGACGUGGACAUGGACGUGGACAUAGACAUGGACGUGGACAUGGACGUGGACGUGGACAUGGACGUGGACGUGGACGUAGAAAUGGACGUGGACGUGGACAUGGACGUGGACUUGGACGUGGACGUGGACAUGGACGUGGACAUGAACGUAGAUGUGGACGUGGACGUGGACAUGGACGUGGACGUGGACGUGGACGUGGACAUGGACGUGGACGUGGACAUGGACGUGGACGUAGACGUGGACAUGGACGUGGACAUGGACGUGGACAUGGAUGUGGACGUGGACAUGGACGUGGACGUGGACAUGGACGUGGACGUGGACGUGGACGUGGACGUGGACGUGGACAUGGACGUGGACAUGGACGUGGACUUGGACAUGGACGUGGACUUGGACGUGGACGUGGACGUGGACGUGGACAUGGACGUGGACGUGGACAUGGACGUGGACGUGGACGUGGACGUGGACGUGGACGUAGAAAUGGACGUGGACGUGGACGUGGACAUGGACGUGGACGUAGACGUGGACGUGGACAUGGACGUGGACUUGGACGUGGACGUGGACAUGGACGUGGACAUGGACGUAGACGUGGACGUGGACGUGGACAUGGACGUGGACGUGGACGUGGACGUGGACAUGGACGUGGACGUGGACAUGGACGUGGACGUGGACGUGGACAUGGACGUGGACAUGGACGUGGACAUGGACGUGGACGUGGACAUGGACGUGGACGUGGACAUGGACGUGGACGUGGACGUGGACGUGGACGUGGACGUGGACGUGGACAUGGACGUGGACAUGGACGUGGACUUGGACGUGGACGUGGACUUGGACGUGGACGAGACGUGGACGUGGACGUGGACGUGGACGUGGACGUGGACGUGGACAUGGACGUGGACGUGGACGUGCACAUGGACGUGGACGUGGACGUGGACAUGGACGUGGACGUGGACAUGGAUGUGGACGUAG